AUGGACGUGGACAUGGAUAUGAAAGCGGAGAGCAGCGGCAGCGGCGAGGCGCCGCCAGGGCCUCCGGCCGCGCUCCCCCACCACUACCAUCAUCAUCACCACCACCACCACCACCAUCAGCAGGGACAUGUGGAGGGUCACGGAUUGAACGUGAGAGGGCUGCUCGCGUUGGCCCGGCAGCUACUGAACGAAGGGAAGCCUUCCCUCGCUCUGCAAGCGGUAACGACGUACCUUAACCUAGAUGAUUAGAAUCCAGAAAUCGCUUUGGAUUUCUUUACAUAGUCUGUUUGGAGAGAAGAAUGGUUGAAUGGAGCUGUGGGCCUUGGUUGGAUGGGGAUGAAGGGUUUCACCUAAUUCAUCGCAUCGGCGUGUGUUAUUCUUGUUCUAGUGUGAUCGUGCUGAAAUUGUGCUGCUUUCCUAUUCCUUUAGUUGGAUUGCUGUGUAGCGUAAAAAACAUGGAUGACUGUGACACCGUAUUCUAGAGUCUGGCUGAAGAAUGAAAUUCAAGUAACUACGGGUUAGAAUCUCAAUGUAGUGUUAGGUUUUGAAGACGUCCGCACUGUUUUACAGCCGCUGGGUGGAACCUGCUGUUGUUUUUGUUUUCCCUUCUGACUUUGUUUGGUUCCUCGGGGACAAUAUGUAAUUUCUCAGCGGAUGGAUUUGUGUAAGUUUUUUUGUAUGCUUCUGGUGUUGGGCGUGUUGCAGAUCGUAUUGCUGCUUAUCCUGCUUUGAGAAUUGAUUUUCUUUCAUUUAUUUUUUAUUCAUAAGUCAUAAAUGGGACAGUUCUUUCAGAAAAAAUAUUGUUACAGUUCAUUAUCUGCAAGGGAUGAUUUUUAUGUUUUCAAAACCUGUUUAGGAAAAUUAUUUUGAGUAUUGAAGAUGCAUUUUUCUUUGUUAAAAUGAUAUUACUGGGGUCUAGUGAAUAUUUUCAGGCCUUAAUGAGCCAUAUAACCAUAAAUCUUGAAAAGAUUAACUGAUUGUAGUGUCAAAUAUGUGGUCACUCUUCAUGGUAUUGGUCCUUAAAGCGUUUCUAAUCUGUCUUUUCUUGGGUGUUCCCAAAUCUGAGCGUUUUGGUGGAUUUAUUUGAUUGGACCAUUUGUUAUUUGACUGUCAAACUAAAGAAAAUGAUUUCCAAUCAAGCACUGACCUUCUCUUCAGCAGUCAGUUUUUGAGCAAUCCUUGGUACAACGGACAUAUUUUCCAAGCUACAGAAUUUAUGACACAGUUGGGCAAGGUUUAGUAUCUGAUUGUUUUAGGGGUACUUUUUCACAACAUAUUAUGUAAUUUACGUCUUUACUCCAAUAGUCUUCGUUUUCUGUCUUCUUCCCGGUUUUCCAGGGACUACAAUUUUUACCUUUCUCUGUCUUGGUUCUGUUUAGCACAUUUUGACUUUCAAAUUUCAUGAUUUUACCUGAAUUCAUCUAUAAAUGAAGAGAUUUGAUGACAAUUAAUGGUUCUUGCGAGAAAUAUUUAUUUGACCUAGUUUGUCUUAAAGAGGUAGGGACUACUGAAAUUUCAUAAACUCUUUUUUUGUUUUUUUUCUUAUAAAAAUGAUUCCUGUGGUGCAAACCACUGUCUCCGCAUUAUCAGCUGGUUUUUUUAGUAAGAGUGGUUUAAAGAUUUAAAAGCCUAUUGUUCUUAGAUAGACACCUUGCAAAGUCAUGGAUAUGGUCAGCAAGAAUGUAAAUGCUAGUUAUAGGCCGGUAAUAGUAAUGAAAAAUGGACGUCAUGCUUGUAUCUGCUGGCGUAUGUUAGUAUCCAUUUGUGUUCAUUCAAUAACCUAGAAUGCAUAGCUUGCUAUAAUUAUGCAUUUCUAAGGCUGCAAAGGGAACGAUGAGGAGUGUUUCUUGCUGAUUUGUUCUUGUCGGACAUUUGCCGAAAUUAUUCUGUAUUUAUACUUUCAAGAAAAUGGUCACACACGUGCUUUCCAGUUUAAUCAUAAACUCCAUGACAAUGAUGUAUUGGUCUCAUACUACCUUUAAUAACGGGAUGGAAGCAUCUCUUUUACUAGUUCUGAGUUGGUAUUAUUGUUCGAUUUAAUUGAGUUGUCUCCACCCUCCCCCUCUCGUCCUCUCCUUUAAUCUCCUAGAGUAUUAAUGCAAUGCAUAAAAAAAUUCCAGUAGUGGUACGGUGAUGGAAGAUUAUUAGUAAGACCUGUUCCGUGGGAACCUGUGUGGCUGGUCCCUUGGUUGAUUGCUCAUUUAAUUGGAUUGCUGUCAAAAUCAUCCCACUUGUGAGGUUGCACGAGAACCAAAAUUCUCAGGAGAUUUUAUUGGAAAAGCUGUAGGAUGACAACCUGAUGUGACACCUAGCUCUGUCAACAUGUGAUUUAUGAGUUGUUAGGCCGCAGCAUACCAUGCUUGAAGCUCUCGCCAAUAUUUGUUUGGUAGCAUAUGAAUACUGUACAAAGGGGAGCAGUAAUGUUAAAAAGUUCAUUAAAAUGUAAAGCAAGUUACAGAAGCAAAUGACUUGAGUAUAGAUGUCUACUCUCAUUGUUUUAGAAUUAUUUUUGCUGUAAAGUUAUGAAGCCUAAAACAGCGCUGUUGAGUCUGUAAUGUUAUCCUUGUCUUCAAUAUGUGCACAUGUAUUGUUAAAUUUUGUCUGAAAUGUCAUUGUUUCUGUUGUGAGAGUCUGAUCAGCUGUUCCACAGUUAAACAUAUUUACAUAGAGUCAGCCAACUUAAAAGAAUAGUUCAUUCUCUUUUACAACCCUGGGCAUAAGAAAAGAAAGGGCAAAAGAAGAGUGAUAGAUGUUGGGAAAAAGAAUUAUUCUGAGUGGAUUAACCGUGUGACCACAUGGAAGGCUAACCAUUAAAGGUAGACACAAUGAAAGCAGUAUCAUAAAGUGACAGAGAGUGCUGAAGCAAUUGGCAAAAAAGGGUGUCAACCUUAAUUAGCUUUUUCCCUAUCACUUUGUGGGAUCAUUUAAGUUCAGUGAAGGAAACAGUUAUUUCAUGGAUUUGAAAAGGUAGAUAUAAAUCCAAUUUGAAGGCAGAUUCCUGGUACUUGUGUGUCAUCUGCUCACAGCUUGAUGUCGAGGAUAAAGAUGGGCCUAUUGUUCAGUGAACCUAGACCUUGCCUUAGCCAAGCCUAUCUACAUGAAAAGGUCGUUUAAUCUAAUUUCAAAUAUUGGAUUUAUUCUAUCUACACAAGACCCAGAGUCCUACUGGGAAAGCAUGAAAAAUGAGUUAGCUUACAUUUCGUAGGUUCAAUAUUAAUUGUUUUGAGAUUUAAGAACGUACAUAUUCUUGCAGGAUCAUCCUGUUCAAAUUGAAAUGCCAUACUGUUCUUUUAAGAGAUAGAUCAUCAUGUCUUUUAUAAGCAUCAUGCAUUUCAUCAUGCUUAAAGGUUAACAACUGUCGGACCAAAAUGGACUUGAAACAUGAUAAAUGAGGAAAGACUAUAGUUUUUCCGUUCAGUCUCUCUGUCAUCCAAUCCAGUGCCAAGUUACAGGUCUUUCUUUUUCUUCCCCGCCGCACCUUAGCUCUGGUAUACCCACAGAAGCAUACUCUCGGGUCAAACAUUCCUACCCAUCUCCUUUUUCCCUCUCCUUCCCUCCUGUUUGAUCCAGGACAGUUCUGAUUGAAUGUCAGCUCUUGAUGAUAAGGGAAAGGAGUGAAUCAGGAUCAAACUACAGAGGUGGUGUAGUUUUCAAUUAUUGUGCACGCCUAUGCAAUGAAGGUGGACUCUGGUGUUAGGAUGGUAAGGAGGAGAAAGGUCUGAAGUGAAAGAUUUCUCUAUGAACGACAUCUCCAAGACCCCCUUCUGUGCUGUCGAGCCCUCUGCCUCUCUUGGUUUCACUUGUCCUUCCUCCUUUCAUUCAUCCUACCCAUGCUACCUCCUUGUUGCUGCUUGGAAUGACUGGCCGUGUUUCAGUCGUGAUGUUUACCCUCCACCAAGUCACCUUUAUCCAUGACUUCUAGUCGUUUCGUUGACAUAUUUUUCGUUGACAUAUUAGCUUGGGAGGUGGAAAUGCAUCCAAGCAAUUUAAUUGGUAUUUUUUACUGCUUCUGCUUUAGAGAGAACCAUUAGCUGCUUUCAGCUGUUUUUUUAGGGUUUGGGAACAUAAACAAGGUUAUCUUAAAGAAGGCAUUAUCUACUGCUUUCAGCUGCAUUUUUGAGGCUUGGAAAUAUAAACAAAGAGAUCUCAUGGCAUUUUCGUUAUCUCAAAGAAGCCACUGUCUACUUGUUAUGUACAGACGGGGGCGACUAUUUCUGUCUAAUAAGUCUUGUUUAUUUUGCAUUCAUUUACCUAUACUUCAUAGCUUGGUAGAAACUUACUUAAGAGCCCAGAAAAUCCUAGAAAUGUUAUUCUAUCAGAACUGAACUCCUUUUUGGAAAAUAUUACCAACUUGUAUGGCAAUCACAAUCGUGCUCUUCAAAUGGUUGGGAAUGAUCUAGACUUUUUAGAUAACCCUAUCUCGGUAACAGGGCUAUUUAGAUAAUAGUAAAUAAAUCUUAAAAAUAGUGCACAAAUAACCUAGCAUGAGAAGAGAGUUACAAGACUUGGAGGGGUCAUUAGAACCUUGUCACAAACAUAUACCCUUUAGUCAUUCUAUUUAUUGUUUUUUCCCUUGAAUCUGUGACAUUUUUCAGCAAUCAAAAUAGUAGGUAUUGACACUUCUGCAAAGGUGUCAUGAUUCAUAUUCUGCUUAAGAGCAUGUGUCAAAGUUUCGAGCAUCAACACUUCCAUAAGAACUUUCUAGUAAUAGAUCAAUACAAAAACACUUGUACCAAAGAUAGCAAAACUAACAAUAUAAUAGAAGCUUCAUACUAGGAGAAAUGAUACCAUUGAAACCUUGAUGGACUCCUUUUAGAAGACACAAGAAAUUUUUAAUUUAUGUAGAAUUCCAGUUGGAUGAUGGUAGAGAACGGAGAUUUUGUGCAGAUAGAUUGUGUCAAGCAGAAGUUCCAACUCUAAAAUUUCUUCUACUCUAUAAUGUCUCUGUAAAAGUAGUGUAUGCCUUAGAUCUUGGACAAAGAGAUGGUACAUGGGAACUCCAAUUAAGGAAGAAUCUUAGAUUUGGUAAAAUUGAUGCGUAUGUUAAGCUGUAACUAAUGCUUUUAUGAAAGAGGACGUAGAGAAUAAAAGAGUGAGGCCGGGUAGAAAAGGGAGUCUCAAACGUAGCUCUCUUGAUGGACCAAGUUGUGAUGAUUGUUUUGAGAAUGUUGAAAGGCUUUGGUAUGUUGGUGUGGAACAAUAAGCCUUCAUCAUAGAGAAAAUAUUCUUAACAGCGGUUACUAAAUGUUGGUCUCUUAGGCCUAGGUGAACAAGCAAAGAUGGUAUAGGAGAAUCGUGUUAUAUGCUUAUUUUUGGAGACAUGUUGGGAGUUGAAAAGUUAGUAUAAGCGAUGACAUACAAUACUUAAAUCACUCUUCUAAGACUUUGCUCGAAUGGAAUUAAACUGACGUACACAAUGUUGCUUGAUCAUCUCACAAUGUUAGACUUAUGGUUCUGACCCUAACGUGUUUGAAAUCCCUUAAACAGAACUUGAAGUAUUCUUAUCCCAGUAAACUAAGUGCAAUUUCCCCAGAUGCUCACAAGAUUAAAAGAAAAAAUAAUUCAUACAGUAUUCAAUAGGCCUGAGGUACAUCAACACUUCCUAUUGAAUUUGUGCCGCAUCUUUUUUCUUUGGGAAUGUAACGAAUGCCUUAUUUUCGGAAUUUGCGUGCGGGUCAAAAAUCAUCCUUUUUCUUCUUGGAUAUACCUGUCAGAGGCUUUGCUGAAUUUUACAAAAACCUUAAAUGUGUAGCCACUAUUUGUAUGCCAGCCUUCAGAUGCCUAUCAGUGGCCCAAACGGUCAAAAAAUGGUGGCUUUUUAUUUCUUUUCCAGAGAGCGAACCUAUUUCAAGGAGGUCAGAUCGAUCAGGCUAGGUGACAGUUUUUGAUAACCAUAUGAUGGCUACACAAUUGAUUCGUUAGACAGAACAGAUAAAGUGUUUAGACCUUCUAAGUGGGCAUCAGUAACAAGUGUGUUUUCUGAGUAUCUCAUUACGAGAGUGUAGAUUGUGGGAUCCUUAUUAUGAUGUGAAAGAGUGUGCGUAACACUGUUAAUUUAGAUGUCCAACAAUACAGGCAUCAGUAUUAUGUUGAGAAAUUGGAAUGAUAUUUCAGUAGUGAUUGGUGAAGGAUUCUUCUACCAGCCGUCCUGUGAGCCAUGUUGAGGCAAAAUGAACAAUAAAAAGUCUGAAGGUUUCUAAGACUUGAGCAGUGGGCAGUUCGCUGUUUUCCUAGACAGCAGAUCAAAAAGAAAGGGAAUAGGGGGCGCAAAUAAUUAUCUUGCAAGUUAUUCAGUUUAAUCUGCUUCUGUGGAUCAUUUAGCAUUAUCUUAGAUGAGAAAAGGAACCUGCAUGGGUUUUCCUUUUCGUCUUCCCUUUCCUGUUUUUUGUUCUAGAUUGUUUGUUAUGUUCUGCUUUGGUUUUGAUUAUUAUUGUGGUUAUACAUUAUCUUAACAUCAAUUUUGGAGAUACUUAUAGUCUACUUAGUUUCUCAUAUAAUUCUCAGGCUAAUGUUCUAUUCUGUGAAGCUAAUAUUUAUUUUCUAUAUAUGCGAAACGUUUUUAUAAAUGAAUCAGAAACAAGGAAACAGUUGGUAUUUCAAUAUGAAUUUCUAGAUUAUUCUUUCAUAUUUCUUCAGAAUAUAUUAAUCUAUUUCAUCAUGAAUCUGAAACAAAGAUGCCGUUUCUACUGCUAUCCCUUUGUUUGUGGCUUUUGACAUGAUUCCUUUGAUUUUUUUGCAUGGUAUUUUGUAAAUAGGCCUUAAAGAGGGAUACGACUGCAUUUAUUUCCUUUCUUGAAUGCCUUAAAUGUUUGUUCUCUCACCUUUAUUCUGUCAACUGCAUCAAGCCUUUCUAUAUCUUUGUUGUCAUUCUCUUAUUGCCAUUCUCUAUGAGUGCUCACUGCCCGCGUUGGGAUGCAGGUUGUGGCAGCUAUGAAAGCCAAGGGCGGAGAAAUGGCCGUUUUCGAAACUCUCCACCGUGCUCGUGAGCUCUACCAGAACAAAUUGCAGGCCAGCGUUGCCACAGAUGAGCUGGCUUCCCUGUUUGCAAGGUGUGUGAUAGACGAGGUUGAGCCUUCGAGACCUGAGCUGCUGCUGUUCUUCAACAGCAGUGGCACCACUAUGGUGCCCAAUUUGGAGGGGGCCUCGAUACUUGCAGAGAGUGGGCGAAAGGACAUUGUGGUUGAUGCCUUCAUGGAUGGGAGCAGCUUCGUGUGCUUGCAGUGUGGGGGCCUUGUCAGCAAUCUGCGUAAGGAUGAACACUUGGCUUAUUGGUGCAGCGAGAAGAGGUGA